AAAUAGAGGAUGUGGUACUGCUUCGUACAGUCUUCGUUUAUCAACUUGAAGUUUAAGUUUUAUCUUUAUCUUGAUAUCUAAUCAUUGCUGUUAGUGUUCAGUUUGUUUUAAAGGAUGUUUAUAUCGGAUCUUUAGAAGCUAAAAUGUCGUUAUCAAGUUUUAUCCUAGUGGCUGCGCUGUCGAUGGCCACGGCUGACUUUUACAGCUCCAAAUACGACGACUUCGACAUCCAACCUUUGCUGGAGAACGACAGGAUCCUGCUGAGCUACACCAAGUGCUUCCUCGACCAGGGUCCUUGCACUCCCGAUGCUAAGGACUUUAAAAAAGUAAUCCCCGAAGCCCUAGAGACCAUAUGCGGCAAAUGCUCGCCAAAACAAAAGCAGUUGAUAAGGCAAGUCAUCAAAGCCAUCAUGGAGCGACAUCCGGAGUCCUGGAAGGCGCUGACCGCAAAAUUUGAUCCGGAAAACAAACACAAGGAAGACUUUGAUAAAUUUCUGGCUGAAAGUACAAAAUAAAUUUGACGAAGCUCA